CACACCGCUUGAGACACCCAAACGCCGCGGACAGUCGGCUCAAUCCCGGGGCGGGCUGGCGGGGAGGACACCGGUGCGACACACGGCACCCGGAGACAAGAGGGGGUUCGUGGGUAGACUGGCGGCCAGCUAUCGCCUCUUUUUAGGAUUACAACUCCUCUUGUGGGUCUUUUCUGGGGAGCGUGGGGCACAGCACACAGAGGGGGGACGAAGACAACACGCCGUGAGGAGGGGGCUGGAAAGCUGCCUUCCAGCCUGAAGGGGCCGGCGGCGCUUCGCCACACACCACCCUGGAUUUGCUAGCUUGUAUCCGCGCGGCUAAGUGAAUGGGAUGGAGCCGGGACCGUCUGGCGCUGUGCCCAUGGGGGUCUUCCCCCCACCCCUGCAGCAGGUGUUCCAUGCCCCGCGUCGGCCAGGAAUGGGCACCGUGGGCAAGCCAAUCAAGCUGCUGGCCAACUACUUCGAGGUGGAGAUCCCCAAGAUGGACGUCUACCACUACGAGGUGGACAUCAAGCCGGACAAGUGCCCGCGGCGAGUCAACAGGGAGGUGGUGGAGUACAUGGUUCAGCACUUCAAGCCACAGCUCUUUGGCGACCGCAAACCCGUGUAUGAUGGCAAGAAGAACAUCUACACGGUGUUGGCGCUUCCCAUUGGUAGUGAGAAGGUGGAUUUCGAGGUCACUAUCCCGGGCGAAGGCAAGGACCGAAUCUUUAAGGUGUCCAUCCGUUGGCUGGCCAAGGUGUCGUGGCGCCUGCUGCAGGAAACGCUUGUCAGCGGACGGCUGCAGGUGCCACUCGACUCUGUGCAAGCUCUGGAUGUGGCCAUGCGCCACUUGGCCUCUAUGAGGUACACUCCAGUGGGCCGCUCAUUCUUCUCCCCGCCCGAGGGUUACUACCACCCUCUGGGCGGGGGCCGUGAGGUGUGGUUUGGUUUCCACCAGUCAGUGCGGCCUGCCAUGUGGAAGAUGAUGCUCAACAUUGAUGUGUCCGCCACUGCCUUCUACAAAGCCCAGCCAGUGAUUGAAUUCAUGUGUGAAGUUCUAGACAUCCGCAACAUAGAUGAGCAACCCAAAACGCUCACAGAUUCGCAACGUGUCCGGUUCACUAAGGAGAUCAAAGGCCUCAAGGUGGAGGUGACACACUGUGGUCAAAUGAAGAGGAAGUACAGAGUAUGCAAUGUCACCCGGCGUCCUGCCAGUCACCAGACGUUCCCCCUCCAGCUCGAAAGCGGGCAGACGGUAGAAUGCACCGUGGCCCAGUACUUCAAGCAGAAGUACAACUUGCAGCUAAAAUACCCCCACCUGCCUUGCCUGCAGGUGGGGCAGGAGCAGAAGCACACAUAUCUGCCUCUUGAGGUGUGUAACAUCGUAGCAGGCCAAAGAUGCAUUAAGAAGCUGACGGAUAAUCAGACGUCCACCAUGAUCAAAGCCACCGCUCGCUCAGCGCCGGAUAGACAGGAAGAGAUCAGCAGGCUGAUGAAAAACGCCAACUUCAACCUCGACCCGUACAUCCAGGAGUUUGGCAUUAAGGUGAAGGAUGAUAUGGCCGAGGUGACAGGGAGAGUGUUACCAGCACCGAUUCUGCAGUACGGAGGACGGAACCGAGCCAUAGCCACCCCAAAUCAGGGGGUGUGGGACAUGAGAGGGAAGCAGUUCUACAAUGGCAUCGAGAUCAAAGUGUGGGCCAUCGCGUGCUUUGCCCCGCAGAAGCAAUGCCGAGAGGAAGUGCUUAAGAAUUUCACAGAUCAGCUAAGAAAGAUCUCUAAGGACGCGGGCAUGCCCAUCCAAGGCCAGCCGUGCUUCUGCAAGUAUGCGCAGGGAGCGGACAGCGUGGAGCCUAUGUUCAGACACCUGAAGAACACCUACUCAGGGCUGCAGCUUAUCAUUGUCAUCCUGCCUGGCAAAACUCCCGUCUAUGCUGAGGUGAAACGUGUAGGAGACACUCUGCUGGGCAUGGCCACUCAGUGCGUCCAGGUUAAGAACGUGGUAAAGACGUCCCCUCAGACCCUUUCAAACCUAUGUCUCAAGAUCAACGUUAAGCUGGGCGGUAUCAACAACAUCCUGGUGCCUCAUCAAAGGUCGGCGGUGUUUCAGCAGCCAGUUAUCUUCCUGGGAGCUGAUGUGACGCACCCACCUGCUGGGGAUGGCAAGAAACCUUCUAUCACUGCUGUGGUGGGCAGCAUGGAUGCCCAUCCUAGCCGGUACUGUGCCACUGUGAGGGUCCAGCGGCCCCGCCAGGAGAUCAUCGAGGACCUCUCCUACAUGGUGCGAGAGCUCCUCAUCCAGUUUUAUAAAUCCACCCGUUUCAAGCCCACCAGGAUCAUCUUUUACAGGGAUGGUGUUCCCGAAGGACAGUUGCCGCAGAUUCUCCACUAUGAGCUUCUAGCCAUCAGAGAUGCCUGCAUCAAGUUGGAGAAGGACUACCAGCCUGGCAUCACAUACAUCGUAGUGCAGAAACGCCACCACACACGCCUCUUCUGCGCCGACAAGUCUGAGAGGAUCGGAAAAAGCGGAAACAUUCCUGCAGGCACCACAGUGGACACCAGCAUCACACACCCCUUUGAGUUUGACUUCUACCUGUGCAGCCAUGCAGGCAUACAGGGUACGAGUCGGCCGUCGCAUUAUUACGUCUUGUGGGAUGACAAUCGUUUCACAGCCGACGAGUUGCAGAUCCUAACCUACCAGUUGUGCCAUACUUACGUACGCUGCACCCGCUCCGUGUCCAUCCCGGCGCCGGCCUACUACGCCCGAUUGGUGGCCUUCCGUGCCCGCUACCAUCUGGUGGACAAAGAGCAUGACAGCGGGGAGGGCAGCCACGUGUCAGGCCAGAGUAACGGUCGAGACCCCCAGGCACUAGCCAAAGCGGUCCAGAUCCACCACGACACCUUGAGGACCAUGUACUUCGCCUGAGCUGCAUUCGAAGCCACCCACAACUUCCCUCGCCAUGUCACGCAGCUCCUUACCACAACCACCUCACCCUCUUCCCUUUAUCCCAUGUGAGUGCCCACGAAUCAUCCUUCACAACCAGCCGCAUCGAUUCAAUCUUCAAAACACUCCAGCCUCAUCCACUCAAAAGGUUAUGAAUAUUAUUAUUAUUGUGGUUUUUUUUCUUUGUUUUUACUUGACUGUUUUAGUUGUUUCAUCGGUUUUAUGAUGUAAUAUUGUAUACUACCUUCACAAAUGCAAGUAAGUAUGCAAUAGAGAGGAAAGUAGAUGGUCCACAAUGCUGCCUGAACCCAAUCCAAGUCCGGAUGCCAGUGUUCCAAAAUCAUGAGGAUUCGGAAUCCUUAGCUUGCGUUUGUGGUUUUUAUUGUUUUAUUUUUGUACAAGUGAUGUUAUUCUUUUUAUAUUUUUGUUCCCAAACCCGCUUUGAGGUACAUUAGCACUUAGCGUUUAGCAUGUAGGUGCCUGCAGGUCGUAGGCUCUCGUCUUCAUUUUCGUAAGCGGACGUAGCAUAUCUUAGAGCCUUUAGCAUAGCAUAACAAUAGAGGGAGCAUUGCUUAGAACCAGGGGUGGGGAACCAUAUGAACUACCUUCUUUUCUGGUGGUCCACAAGUUCCCCACCCCCUUGUGUGUUAGACACUUGCACCCCAUGCACCUGAACCAGCAUUAUUAACCAGCCAAAAAAAGAACAACCAAUGGAAAAAGGGGCACUUGAACAGGGAGCUCGUUUUAAUUAUUUUUGUCAGCAUGAUCUUUAAGAAUUUACAAGGCACUUUUUUGGUUUAAUUUACUUACUGAUUUUUUUUAUUACUUCCAAAUAGCCUCAUCUUUGUACACUAAAACUCGCACACUAUGUACACAUUAGCUCUUACCUCACCGCCCGGACAGCAGAAGCACACUCAAGAACAUCCCUAUUCAAAUGCACUUCUUGCUCAAUACUCAUCAUCUGCCAUUGUGACCAUUCUCCCCCCCCUUUAUGUGCAUUUAUCGCUUGUCAAUCUCUCUUAGUGUGGGGUUUCCCAAAUUUGUUGAUCAUGAAUACAAAUACUAAAAAGUUAAAGACAAUUGAAUUUAACUUAGUAGGGGGUGUAAUUCACCAGUUUCACGUUAAAGACAAUUGAAUUUAACUUAGUAGGGGUGUAAUUCACAAGUUUCAGGAUACAGUAUUAAUUCUUUGGACAUCAAUAUAUUUAAUGAUAUUUUAAAGAACGCCACGAUUCGAUUUGAUUCCAAGGUCUUUGCAUGAACUUAUCCAAACAUUUAAUAAUCGGUUACAGUUUAUCUAAAGCAAUACCAAAUCCAAAGCAUUUUUGACGUUUUUGACAGUUUUAUUGCUGAAACAUUGGUUUUUAACGAACAGCAUAUGGCGGAAAACACUCAGGUGACUUGACGUUUCACUCUGAGACCCACAUUUUACCCAACUUUCAAAAUUGUCCGAUAUGCAUGUGUGAUACAUCCUUGGAAAACCUAAAAUCUCAAUUUUCUGGGGGAAGAAAAUUUUUGAACAUGAGGGCAUUUUAAAAAAAAAAAUGUUUUUUUAAACAGCAAAACCCUAUCUGGAGGUGAGAGCACGCCAGAGCAGAAUUACAGACGCUAUGACUUUAAUGAGAUAUUAUCGCGUACUUACCUUGUUUCGAUCCAAAAACUCCAUGUAGCAUGUAUCACUGAGUGUCAAGACACAGCUGUGAAUGGCCACAGCUGGAUUUUGGGGGAUUUUAUGGGUGAAACAUGGUAAUAUAACAGGGGUCGCGAUGCAGAAAUCACAGACAUCGAGAAGUGGUCGAGAUUUUCUUUUUUAUAGAUUUACCUUUUUAAACGUUUUUUUUCUUUCCAAUUUUUCUUUGUCUGGAUCGAUUAUUUAUCAUCUAACAUAUUGAAAAAAAUGUGACAGAAACAAACAAAAAAAAUACAAUUAAGAGAUAGUUAUGAGGUAGAUAUCCGUGACUUUUUUACAGACACCAUUUUUUUCAUUGUAAUGUCAUUUGUUUAAAGGUUUAAAAUAUGGGAGUAAAUAUUUUUUUUAAGUCCUUUUUUUUUUUUAAACGAAAUAUUAGACAUUAAUUAAUGUUUUAUGGCUGGGUUGGAAACAAAAGCGGUGCGUGACGUCUGUAAACGGGGGUUUUCAGGGUAAAACGGGCAAAUUAAAAAUAGUUCGGGGCUUCAUGCGCCAUGAAUCUGCUAUGGCAGCAUAUAGACAUAUUGUUCUGUCAAACACAACAGUUGUUUUGGCUUAAAAUACAGCAGUUUCUUUUAAAGAGGAGUGCAAGAGCAGAAACUGCUUUUUCAGUCUUGUCUGUGUUUCCCGCCAUAUCUAAAAGAUGAAGAUGUUGAUCGCUGUUUUGCGUUUCAAGCGAUUUGAUUGCAUUGCUGCUUAACCAGUUAAUGAAUCGAUAAGGAUCAUUCUAUCGUUAGCAGAUUUGAUUUGAUGUCUGUGAACUAUGCUAGCGUGAUGCCCAACUACGUUCCCGAUUUUUUUUGUCCAUCCAUUCACAUAGCAUAAACAAAUGUGACUCAUAGCUGAACGGAUUGCGUCAGUGAUGUAACACGCAUGCGCACUGUAACACGUCUCAUGUCCCAGUGUUUAUAAGAUAAGAUAAUCCUAUAUUGAACCCCAAUAGGAGCAAUUCCGGUAUCGCAGCAGCAUCGAAACACAUCGAGCCAAAAUAUUAAAAAAAACUAAAUAAAAGGUACCGUAUUUUUCGGAGUAUAAGUCGCACCAGACUAAUAAUGCGCAAUGGAGAGGAAUAACACAUAUAUAAGUCGCACCGGAGUAUAAUCGCAUUUUUGGGGGAAAUUUAAUUGACAAAAUCUGACACCAAGAACAGACAUGUUAUCUUGAAAGGCCACCUAGCUCUGAGCCCACGAUUAGCUUUUUUUGUUUUCUUUAUUUCAGUAAGAGUAACCUCAUUUCGCCAGUCCCUUUCUUGCGAACUCCAGACUUUCUUUCUGCUGCUCGAUGCUAAUUUUCAAAUGCAUUUUUGACUUGUUGCAGGUUGUUAUCUGCAGAAUAUGACUUUUGUUUCAGUGACAUUUUGUUCAGCCCUUCUAAGUUGUUUUUAUUUGUUUUUAUAAGUUACCGCUGUUGAAACACAGGCCUUGAGCCCCCUCUUGCGGUUAUUAUGAUAUAAUAAUGUGUUAAUGAUUUCGCACAUAAGUCACUCCAGAGUAUAAGUCGCACCCCCAGCCAAACUAUGAAAAAAAAACAGCGAUUUAUAGUCCGAAAAAUGCGGUAUAUACAACAAAAAUAAGUACCAGUGGAAUCUAAAGUGAUUAUGGAUGUAAAUGCAGUCUCUUCGGGAGGUCUCUGAAUUUUGAGGAUUCUAUACUACUGUAGCCAACAUUUUUCUUAACGUGUGAUAUCAACAAGCAUAAGGUACUGUAUUUUCAGCGCCUUCCUCCACCAUUGUUCGUCCAUGUAUGUUGUUUGUUUUGUCAAACAGUGCCUACGUUUUUCACCUGUUGAUGACGUUCGGGUCUCAUUCAUACUUACAGUAUCGCGUUCAUACUGCAGAGGUGACAGAUAUUCAACUUAUAUCCACACACGAGUGAGACCAAGUCAUAUUAAAAAAUCGGGAGGUGAACUAUUCACACUUGAAAAAAAAUCAGAUGCUUGUCAUCCAGUCAUGUGAAAAAAUCAGGACACCCCAUUAAAUAUUCAGGUCUUUAUUAAGAAAUGUUCACAUAUCAAUGUCUGAUCGUGUUUUUCUUUCUCUCUUGAAAAGAAAGUGAUUUAAUUGCGGGUAAACAACAAAACUUAACAUAGUUUUACUCAUUAAACCAAAUAUAUCAACAACAAUGCGUAUUCUAAAAGGAAAAAGUUAGGACACCCUACCACCUAAUCGCUAGUGUUACCCCCUUUGGCUGAAAUAACUUCACUGAGAUGCUUUUUUAUAACCAUGUAACAGCCUUUGACAUCGGUCUGAAGAAAGUUUGCCCCAUUCUUCAAUGCAGAAUACUUCACUACUUAAUAUCUGGGCUUUGACUCGGCCAUUCCAGGACUCUCCAUUUCUUCCUUUUCAGACAGCCCUUGGUGGAUUUACUGGUAUGUUAUGGGUCAUUGUUGUGAGAGAAUUUUAUUCAUGCUUGAAACACAACCAUUAUACAUCAUAUUUUGUAUGCUUUUGUCAUGCUUGCAUGAGAACAUUGUAGCAUAGAGCGUCAUUGUUAAUCUGUUUGAGUGUGCCUUUCCAUGGCCUUGAAGAUUGCAGACUGUAUCACCAUAUGCCCAAAUAUGGACUGUUAUGUUCCUAUGUUUUUCAAUAUGCCUUGAAUGAAUACAAGGGAGGACUGUGUUUUCUUAUCAUCGUUCUAGCCGGAACCAUUGCUCAAGGUCUCAGCUCAAAGAUGUUUUUGUUUGGAAAAAUACCCAGGUUUGUGAGAUGAUGAGUUUCGUUUCUUAGUAAGUUUAGUUUCACAGUGGGCUUCGGCACCACCCUUUCAGCAGUAUAAAUGUCCAGCCUCUAUUGUACUUCUUCGUACUUUCUGGGAGAUCACAGCUCCUGGCUGGGUCACAUGGGUUUAUACCUGAGAGCUCUUGUUCAUAAAGCCUUCGAAAAAAAGCAAUCCAUGUUUGGGGUCGUAUUCAUUUCUGUAAUCGAGCUAUCGAGGUAACACUUGUCUUGGAGUUCAAAGUUGAAUUUCCCUGACAAUUAUAAUGUUGCAGGGUCCAGUUUCGCUUCAGCUUUAAUUUUUUCAUAGAUGAUCUCACAUGUUCCUCAAGCACCGUUUGAUACACGAUAGAAUUCAUGGUGGAUUCUAUGAUGGUGAGCUGGCCAGGUCCCGCAGCAGCAAAGCAUCCCCAAACCAUGACACUUCCAUCUCCAUGCUUCACAGUUGGUAUGAGGUUCUUUUUUCUGGAAUGCUGUAUUGGGUUUACGCCAAACAUGUCCUCUGUUCUGGUGUCCGAAUAAUUCAAUUUUAGAUUCAUCUGUCCAAAGAACAUUAUUCCAGAAGUCCUGGUCUUUGUCUACAUUCACUCUGGCAAACUUCAAUCUGGCCUUCAUGUGUCUUAGAGAGCAAAUGUUUCCUCAUUGCACACCUCCCAUAAAGGUUAAACUUGUGAAGUAUCUUUCUGAUUGUAGAGGCAUGCACUUUCACAUCAACAAUAGCAAGAGCCUGCUGUAGGUCACGUGAUGAUAUUUUAGUUUUUUGGAGACUUUUCUGGAGACUGUCUGUUCUCGGGGUGAACUUGGUUGGACGGCCAGACCUGGGCAUGCUGGCAGUUGUUUUGAAUGUCAUCUACUUGUAGACUUCUCCGGACAGUGGAACGGCUGAUUUUAUAUUCUUUUUAGGUCUUUUGAAAUCCCUUACCAGACUCACAAGCGUCUACAAUCUUCUUUCUGAAGGCCUUAGACAGCUCCUUUGUUCUAACCAUGGGGUUUUCUCUCACAUCAACAGUCAGGGGCACACCAAACUAAAUGUGAAGUUUAGAUAAGGCAAGCAUCCUUCAAAACACUGGGUAAUGAUGUUUUAACCAUGUGCAUCUGAUGUGAUACACCCGUGUGUGAUUUUAGCUAUUUAAAGUGGGAUUUAAUGUGGGGGUGUCCUAUUUUAUUCCUCAACAGAAAUUGCAUUUAUUUAAAAUGACAUUUUACAGAAAGUUAUAAAAAAAUCUAUUUUUCAGUUUUAAUUGUUUAGUUUUAUUACUUGAAUCUCUCAUUUUUUCCCAAAUUGAUGAAAAAUAUGUUAGAAAACACACAGGCUUCCAUUGAGUGUCCUAAUUUUUUCACAUGACUGUAUAUGGGCAAUGAAAUAGCAUUUGAACUCCAGUGUCACCGUGGCCUCAUACAACUAAGAAAAUCAGUGUCAUAGAAAUUGCUACUAUUCUGAUCGCUUAUAAAUUUUAACUUUUAGUACUAUUCCGAUGCAGGAUGCUUAAGUAUUCUGAAUAACUCAAUGAAAUAUAGUUACAUUUUUCACCUUGGCACCUGCCACACAUUAACCACGGUACAGUCUGCAAAUUUCAUCUGCCCCUAGGCAAGGGGUCAGGUAGAUGAUUCCGUUCUCGCUCCCAAUACUGGAGUAGUUUGCUCGAGUAAAAAAAAAAAAAAAAAGGAUGAAAAUCCAACUAGAAAUUGAAGUGAUUCAUCAGCGCCCCCUACUGUAAGGAAUGUAUAGACAAUUUGGGAAACCCUUUUUUUUAUUUUUAGUGCGUGUCAGUCAAUUUCCCUUGGUGCUCCGUGUGCAUGGAUGGCACGGGUAAGGGGGUUGCGACAACUUAAUACACCCUGCCUUUUUAAAUAUUAUAAUAGUAAUAAUAAUGCAUGUAAUACGUUGUAAAACUGGAUUAUCUGAGCCACCUAAUUUGUUUUGUGCGGUGGGCAUUAUUUCCCGUUUGCCUCGAUUGUGAAAUGGUUACAAAAAAAGUUUUUUUUUCCCCCCACAACAUCGGUUGAGUAUCGUAUCUGUGGAGACUGAAGCCCCUUUCACACGGCCUUAAUUUUUUGUCAGAGGCACUCAUUUUUAAUGAUACCUGCUGCACAGUUAUUAAAAUGGUAUGAUCGAUCAGUCCAGCGGAUGACAACUGACAAUACGUUUGUUUUUUUGAAUAUCAGUUUAUUUAUUUUUGCGGGAUUUUCGCGCAAUAUCUCUGUGUGAAAGAGGCUUUGGUCCAAAUGUCACAUUGGUUGCCCUCCAGAUGCAUUUCUGGGGUUUUUAAAUCACAUUUGUGGACUCGAGUAAUCAAGAAAAAAAGCAUUUGUACAACGUUUUACCGAUCCGUCAUUGUGUUGAAAGUGAUUUGUACAUAUAAAUAUAUGAUAUUAACCUGUUAUGUAUUUUGGCUCACCACUCGCCAGGCCUUGUCAGAAUUUUCGGGGCCAAUACUCUCCCGCCGCCUAGUUCGUUCCCCUCUCUCCACAUAAUAAUGAUACAAUGUUUCGGGGUAUGUCCUUGCACCGCUGAAACCAGAUGCAGUUCUCACUCACUGAAGCCACAAAGCACCUUUCAAGAGGGGGAGAACAGGCGAGCGGGAGGGCCGGGUGGGGGAUUUUUUGGGGGGGAUGGUGUACUGUAAGUAUGACAGCCGGCAGCCUCACCAUCUGACUAAGCAAUAUCGAAGCCACUGAUCAAGAACAGUCCUUGUCAUAGCACUUCCCAAUAGAUUUGGAAUAAAAAGGACAUGGAAGCGUUACGCUCUUUUGGCUCUGUAUGUGAUAGUAGUAUUGGAAACUCUGUUGGGGAGGGUUAUUUUUUAAGAAGAAAAUAAAUUUGUUUUUUAAAUAA